AUGAAGACCGCAGAGGACAAGCCGCUCAUUGCAGGCGGGAGCAAUGACGACAUCUUCACCAUCGAUGAGCUUAUCAAACGACGGGCUUCAGAACUUCAGAAAUCACCGCUGCUGUGUUACCCGAGAGAAGGCUUAACAGACCAUGAAGAACAUUCAGCGGAAGCCAUCAAUAAAUAUGUCGACGCGGCAGUCGCAGCAUUGCAGCAAAGAGGGCUGAAGCCAGCGGAAGCAGACCUCGAGCAAGCCCCGUCGAUUGGCAUCUUGGCUCAUUCAUCCCUGGCAUUCAUAAUCACACUUCUCGGGCUAAACAGAUUGGGAUACGCAGCACUCCUCCUAUCCCCACGGCUCGCAAGUCCAGCACUACACGCUUUGCUGCAAGCCGCAGAAUGCAACACGAUCUUGACGACUUCACAUUUCCACGAUGUCUUGUCCGAAGUGCAAGCGCUACAAGAUCUGACACUGAUCGAGACGCUAAAGCACGAGGACUACUACGGUGUAGAGGCACCUGUUUUCCAUCGCAAGCAUGACCCACAUCGAGAGAAUCCUAAAAGAGCCGUCAUCAUACACUCCUCCGGUUCAACAGGCCUCCCAAAGCCGAUCUAUCUUACCCACCGGAGCUGCAUCGCCGCAUUCGCAACGAACCUCGACCGAAAAGCACUAAUGACCCAACCGCUUUUCCACAGCUUUGGCUUCUACGAGACGUUCCGGUCGAUCUAUUCUGGGAAGCCGAUGUACUAUGUCAACUACAACUAUCCUCUUACAAAGCAGAAUCUGCUUGCGACUUUGGGACACGUCAAGCCCGAUCUGCUCUUCUGUGUGCCAUACGUGCUGAAGCUGCUGGCGGAUUCAGACGACGGUAUUCGCUGUCUAGCGGACAUUGAUCUUAUUAUGUAUGGUGGGAGUGCGUGUCCAGAUGAUUUGGGGGAUAAGCUCGUGAGGCACGGGGUUAAUGUUUGUGCGAAUUAUGGCGCGACAGAGACUGGCCGCGUAAUGACAUCCGUACGACCAAAAGGAGACGACGCAUGGAACUACCUCCGAAUACUCCCCCAGGUCCGGCAGUAUUUACUGAUGGAUGAAAUCGCGUCUGGCAUAUUCGAGUGCGUUGCGCUCGAUGGCUUGAAGUCGAAGAGUACGAUCAAUUCCGACGACCCACCGAAUUCCUUCCGCACGCGAGACCUCUUCAUGCAGCAUCCCUCAAAUCCAGAAUUCUGGAAGUAUGUUUCAAGACUCGACGACAGACUAACAUUGGUGAAUGGCGAGAAAGUGCUUCCAAUACCGAUCGAAGGACGAAUACGCCAGGAAGGUCUAGUGCAAGAAGCCAUCGUCUUCGGGGAUGGGAAGAUCGUACCUGGUAUCCUCAUCAUCAAGGCCGAUGCUGCGGCUGACAUGUCUGAUGACGAGUACCUCCAACACAUUUGGCCGAGUGUCGAAGACGCAAACUCCCGCGCAGAAAGCUUCUCUCGGAUUCCGCAAGAUCUGGUGGUUAUCCUUCCGGCAGGAACCAAAUACGCUUCCACGGAUAAGAGCACAUUUAUUCGGGCACAGGUCUAUGAGCAGUUCAAGCAGCAGAUCGCAGAUGCGUAUGAGAAGUUUGAGAACAAUACUGGCGGUUCCAUAGCCCUGCCACUCCCCGAGCUCGAAGCACAUCUCCUCCACCGGUUCCGCGAGCAUCUCGAUGUGAAUCUAGAUUCAGCGGAAACAGACUUCUUUGCUUUUGGAAUCGACAGCUUGCAGUGUCUGAAGAUGUGGAGCUUGAUCAAGAAGGAGAUCGACCUUGGUGGGAAUCAGUCCCAAGUUGGACAGAACGUGCUCUACGAAACUGGCAACAUUGCAUCUCUUGCUCGUUACCUCGAUGGGCUGCGCAGAGGAACGCAAGAAGAUGCGCAGAAUCAAGAGCAGGUCAUGACCGACCUAAUUGCCAAGUACUCGUCUUUCGAAACCUUCACAUGGCCGACGCCAUCGAAUCAUGUCGUGCUACUCACCGGCGUCACAGGCGGUCUAGGAGCCCACCUCCUCUCGCAGCUCCUCGCCCACCCCCACAUCUCCGAGAUCUGGUGCCCAAUCCGCGCACCCACCGACCUCGCCGCCCUCGAACGAACCCUGAAAAGCCUCUCCUCCCGCGGCCUGUCACCCUCGCAGUCUCAAAUACAGAAGAUCGUCGCACUCCCGUCCGACCUCAGCAAAGCGGACUUCGGCCUCGGUGCCACCCGCCUAGCAGAGCUGCGUACAAAGUUAACCCUGGUCAUCCACUCCGCGUGGGCCGUGAACUUCAACAUCUCGGUCCAGUCCUUCGAAAAUGAACACAUCGCCGCCGUGCGCAACUUCGUCAACCUGUGCCAGUCCACCACGCACGGAACACCCGCAACAUUUUACUACUGCUCCUCCGUCUCCUCGACAGGUGGCACGCCGCGGCCUGGCGUCGUACAUGAGGGCCCAGUACCAGACAUCGCACACGUGCAGAAGACGGGAUACGCGCGGUCAAAAUACGUAGCUGAGAGCAUCAUCCUCAACGCCGCUCAGCGCGGUGCGCACGCCAGAGUCCUCCGGAUAGGCCAGCUCGUCGGCGACACGGCAGUCGGGGCAUGGAACACGACCGAGGGCGUGCCGCUGAUGAUACAAACCGCGCAGACGCUGGGUGCGCUGCCCACUCUGGAUGAGGAGAUGAGCUGGCUCCCCGUGGACUAUGCUGCGCGCAUAAUUCUUGAGUUGAGCAACGUGACGGACGCUUCGUCUUCCUCUCUGCAUGUUGAGGGGAAUCCGCGCGCAGAUCUCGUAUACCACGUCCUCAAUCCAACCCGCUUUCACUGGACGCGCGACAUGCUGCCUGCGCUCAAGGCGGCGGGGCUGAACUUCGAGACGAUGCCUGUAGACCAAUGGAUGGAGCGCCUAAGAACGUCGGAUCCGGAUCCGGAGAAGAAUCCGCCGAUUAAGCUGCUCGGGUGGUUUGAGAGUAAGUAUGGGAGAGGGGCGAGUAAAGGGAACAAGGGCGCGUUGGUGUAUGAGACGGAGCAGACGGGGAAGAGGAGUGCAAGCGUGGGUCAGAUACCGAGUGUGGUUGAUGGGGAGUUUGUGCGGAGGAUGGUUGGGUGGUUGCAGAAGAAAUGGGCAGCUUGAACACAAGGUCAAGCUGGGAGGCUCAGUUGAAGAGAUAGAUUAAGGCGGCUCAAAAAGCUCUAGACGGGUUUAGAUGUGUUGG